CCAAACUCCAAAAUAGUUUGGGUGAAGUGGCAAAGGAUAAGGUGGCCGAAGGGAAUAUAUCGUAGCAGCUUUGGUAUCAUAUCUGCUUCGCGUUUCCACCGUCGACCACCACCACCAACGGAUGGAUACAAAUCCGUCCUACUAGUCUUCAUCGCAUACCCAUGGCGACACGUGUCACUAUAGCCUCAACCAUUUCUUCUCCUCCAAGCUUCAGUCAAUGUCGUAAACAUUGUUCGUUGAAUUGUUCUUUUAAUGGGCUUCCAGAGACAUCUACAAUUUUCACUUCAUCCACAUUUCAUUACCGGAAGAGAAGGAGCUUCAAGAGGCUUACCCUUGUGGGGGUUUCAUCAGCAAUGGCGAAUCCAAGCACAGUUCUUGUCACCGGAGCUGGUGGUAGAACCGGCCAAAUCGUUUAUAAGAAAUUGAAGGAGAGGUCAGAUCAUUAUAUUGCUAGAGGUUUAGUCAGAACCGAAGAGAGCAAGGAAAAAAUUGGUGGAGCUGAUGAUGUUUAUAUUGGGGAUAUAAGGAAUGGCGACAGCAUUGUUCCUGCGAUCCAAGGUAUUGACGCUCUUAUAAUUCUCACAAGUGCUGUGCCAAAAAUGAAACCUGGUUUUGAUCCAAGUAAAGGUGGAAGACCGGAGUUCUUUUUUGAGGAUGGAGCAUAUCCGGAACAAGUUGACUGGAUUGGGCAAAAAAAUCAAAUAGAUGCUGCUAAAGCUGCUGGAGUGAAGCAAAUUGUUUUGGUUGGGUCAAUGGGAGGAACAAAUCUUAACAACCCACUAAACAGCUUGGGGAACGGGAAUAUAUUGGUUUGGAAGAGAAAAGCUGAACAGUAUCUGGCUGACUCUGGAGUCCCAUACACAAUUAUAAGGGCUGGAGGCUUGCAAGAUAAAGAAGGUGGCAUCCGGGAGUUACUUGUUGGAAAGGAUGAUGAACUUCUUCAGACAGAAACAAGAACUAUAGCCCGUUCUGAUGUUGCAGAAGUCUGUAUUCAGGCACUACAAUUCGAGGAGGCCAAAUGCAAGGCAUUUGAUCUGGCCUCGAAGCCCGAGGGAACCGGCACGCCCACAAAGGAUUUCAAGGCUGUAUUUUCCCAGAUCACUACUCGUUUCUGAUGCUUGGUCGCCAUCAGAUAUGUUUCCGGAUAUGUCACUCACUUUCAAGAUUAGUUAUCUAGAUUAUGUUUAUCAAUAUCAGUAAUCUAGCUUAUGUUUUAUCUAAUUCUUGGUUUUCUGAGCUAUUAUUUAAAACAAAUCAAUGUCAAUCUCUCGAGGGAAUCGAUCGCAAUCUGGGUGAUGUCUCCUUAGGACCACCAUUCAAUCUGGGUGAUGUCUCCAUAGGACCACCAUUCAAAUAUCUUGGGAACUGAGGACAAAGAUUUUGAUUGUUUAACCAUUUUUAUACAUUUUCUUGUUCAUUUAUAUAGCCAAGGUAAAAGGAAGUUGUGGCAAAUGAGCACGAUUGGUUGGUUG